AUGGGCCGAGAUUUCAUAUCAUUUUUAAAUGCUUCUCCUACUCCAUAUCAUACUGUGGAUAACGUUAAACAUAAAUUAUCCAAAAAUGGAUUCCAAGAAUUAUCUGAAAGAAUAAGUUGGGCAGGUCAAGUUGAAAAAGGUGGGAAAUAUUUUGUUACUAGAAAUGCUUCAUCUAUAAUUGCAUUCACUGUUGGUGAAAAAUGGGUUCCAGGUAAUGGUAUUUCCAUUGUAGGUGCUCAUACAGAUUCCCCAGUUUUACGUAUAAAACCAAUUUCUAAAAAAAACAAUGAAGGUUUUAUUCAAAUUGGUGUUGAAUUAUAUGGUGGUGGUAUUUGGCAUAGUUGGUUUGAUUCUGAUUUAAGUAUUGCUGGUAGAGUAUUAAUUAAACAAGAUGGUAAAAUUAUACCAAAGUUAAUUGAUAUUAAAAAACCUUUAUUGAAGAUUCCAACUUUAGCUAUUCAUUUAGAUCGUGAUGUUAAUAACAAAUUUGAAUUUAAUAAAGAAUCUCAAUUAUUACCAAUUGCUGGAUUAUCAAAUGCUGCACCAAAGGCAAAUGAUACUAAUUUAGCUAAAGAACAUAGUAAAGGUGGAUGUUGUGAAAGUACACCAAUUUCAAAUGAAAAUUUCACAUCUUUACAAACUGUGGUUCAAAGACAUAAUGAACAAUUAGUUGAAUUGAUUGCCAAGGAAGCAGGUUCCACUGUUGAAAACUUGGAAGAUUUUGAAUUAAUUCUUUAUGAUCAUAAACCAUCAACAUUAGGUGGAUUAAAUGAUGAACUUAUUUUCAGUGCAAGAUUAGAUAAUUUAACUUCAUGUUUCACCGCGGUAGAAGGUCUUGUUGAAUCUUCAAGCAGCUCAAACUCAUUAAAAGAAGAAAAUGGUAUUCGUUUAGUUUCAUUAUUUGAUCAUGAAGAAAUUGGGUCAUCUUCAGCUCAAGGUGCAGAUUCAAAUUUCUUACCAAAUAUCUUGGAUAGAAUUACAGGAUUAACAGGUGUACCAGAAAAAGAUUUAGAAUCUUCAAUUAAAUCAUAUAUUUUGGAAUCUUCUGCAAAAUCAUUUUUCCUUUCUUCAGAUGUUGCACAUGGUGUUCAUCCAAAUUAUACAAAUAAAUAUGAAUCAAAUCAUAAACCAAAAUUAGGUGAAGGUCCAGUUAUCAAAAUUAAUGCAAAUCAACGUUAUGUUACAAAUAGUCCAGGUAUUGCUCUUUUAAAAGAAGUUGCAACAAGAGGUCAAGUUCCAUUACAAUUAUUUGUUGUACCAAAUGCAUCACCUUGUGGUUCUACAAUUGGUCCUAUUUUGGCAUCUAAAACUGGUAUUAGAACUUUAGAUUUAGGUAAUGGUGUUUUAAGUAUGCAUAGUAUUAGAGAAACUUCAAGUACAGUUGAUAUUGAAAAACAAAUUAAAUUAUUUAAAUCAUUUUAUGAAAAUUUUACUACAAUUGAACCAACAAUUUUGAUUGAUGGGGUUUAA